GUAUUUAGUUCACUCCGUUUUCAUUGGAAGAGAGAGUCGAAGAUAAUUUUGCGCAGUUUCUAUCCUCAAGUCGAUAUCUUUGUUUUUUUUAACCCAAACAGAAAAAUCACAGCUCUUUAACAAUGUCUUUUAACAAGGGUCCUGCCUACGGACUAUCAGCGGAAGUCAAAAACAAGAUCGCACAGAAGUAUGACUCUCAGAAAGAGGAAGAGCUGAGGGUCUGGAUCGAAGACGUAACCGGCGCUUCCAUCGGCCCCGACUUCCAGAAAGGCCUGAAGAAUGGAGUCAUUCUGUGCGAACUUAUCAACAAACUUGCCCCGAACUCUGUGAAAAAGAUCAACCAGUCAGCACUGAACUGGCAUCAGCUGGAGAACCUGACAAACUUCAUCAAAGCCAUCACAGUGUAUGGUCUGAAGCCUCAUGAUAUCUUCGAAGCCAACGACCUGUUUGAGAACGGCAACAUGACGCAGGUCCAGACGACAUUGCUCGCGCUCGCCAGCAUGGCGAAGACUAAGGGUUGCCAGUCACGGGUGGACAUUGGGGUAAAGUACGCUGACAAGCAGGAGAGGAUGUUUGACGAGGAGAAGAUGAAGGCUGGACAAUGCGUCAUCGGCCUACAGAUGGGGACCAACAAGUGCGCCAGUCAGGCAGGCAUGAAUGCAUAUGGCACCAGGAGGCACUUAUAUGACCCCAAAGUUCAAAUCCAGCCCCCCAUGGACAACACAACCAUCAGUCUACAAAUGGGAACCAACAAGGGAGCGAGCCAGGCUGGGAUGACUGCUCCAGGGACAAGGCGUGCCAUUUACGACCAGAAGCUGGGCACAGACAAGUGUGACAACAGCACCAUGUCUCUACAGAUGGGCUUCAGCCAGGGAGCCAACCAGAGCGGCCAGAACUUUGGCCUGGGACGGCAGAUCUAUGACGCCAAGUACUGUCCUAAAGCUGGAGAGGUUCCAGAUGAUCAAAACGGGGCAGGUGUCUCCCGUGACUUCAUCCCGGAUUACCAAGACGAGGGUUACCAAGGAUACCAGGAGGAAGAACAGGUGUACCAAGACGAUGGGACAGAUUAUUAGGAGGAAGGAGGGAGUGUAGGAAGGGAAAGAGAGGUUGUAUAAAGGAGGGAUCUUCUGCAAGAAAACCUCAAGGCAGGCAGUCUGUCUUUGUGUUUGUUUUUUUUUUUAUCCACAGGAUGUUGCACUUUUUUUUUUUUUUCUUUUUUUUUUGGGGGGGGGGGGGUAAUAUCCUUUUUAGUGUUAUGAAAUUGUUUUCUUACCCCUGUUUGUGCAAAUCCAAUGUUACACAUAUCAUGAACUGCAUUUCUGUGAUUUUUAUAUUUAAAGUGACUACAAAAGCCAGUCUUUUUGGCUUAGCUAGUUUUCUAUGCCAGGGACUUUUUUUUUUUUUUUUUAUAUGUGCCAAAGCCCCAACAUUUAUGUUUGGUUUUUUGGCUGACUCAUUAGUUAUGUUAAGGGAGAUCCCUAGGUUUUUGUAAAGGCAACACAAAAUAUUAGGGAAUUUCUUUAAAUAAAGGUUUCUAAGAAAGUGCAUGUUUUGAACAAAACACCCAUGCUUGUGUUAUCUGUGUAAACGACAAUUUCUGUGAAUGAGACUGUUUUGUUUGUUAGUACUUGAGUAUCUUCAUUCAGUAUUGGUCAUUGACAUAUACAGUAGUACAGUUUU